UUACAGCUCGUGUCGUCCGUGUGGAGCAGAUGGAAGAAUAACCCCAGCCCAGGUCAGGACAGCAGGCUUUCUUAACACAGAAAAGCUGCAAGCCAGCCACAGGCUUUUUGUUCACUCGGAAAAUUGAGAACUGCAGGAAAAAAAACACAAAAAAAAACGAGUCAGGCAAUGCUUAUCCUUUUGAAGAUUGAGUUUGUAGAAAGAGGAUCAGUUGCGUGUAUUCUCCGGGAAGGCUGUAAAGCGCUGGGAUAUCGCUGCAAACCUGCACAUAGCUGAUGAAACGAUCAGAAAUGAAGAUGGCAAACCAAUUAACAAUGCACAACCCAACAGUGACAGCCUUGGUUGUUUUGAUGGUUAACUAAUUGUAAGCCCAGUGAAGCACUACAUAGGAGUUGCUCAUUUGUGUAGACUCUGUCAAAGCAAACUUCCUUUUGAUAAUGGAUCAUAGUUGAUGAUAAUAGAUGGCUUUAGGGCAGUGUUUCUCAAACUUUUUUUUUUAAAGGGGACAUAUUAUGCAAAAUUGCCUUUUUGAUGGAUUGCAUAGAAAUAGUGGGGUCUCUGGAGAGACUGCCCACUCAUCAAGUGUGUAAUUACACAAGCAAGUCAAUCUUUUGUGAUCUCCUUACUCCCAAAAUGUCUGUGAGCGAGCCUUUCUGUACUUCCGCCUCACUGUUAUGUAACAGUGGUUGUCAUUUACAUAAUAACCGUCCCCACACCGAGUUCCCCUGCCCAUGACUUGGCAGCUAGACUGAAUCAAGAUCCAGAGCCACAUUCAAGCAACUGCACCAUGUGAAACACUAAUUCAUUCAUACGGACGAUCAUGCAGAGAGUACCCACAACCCAAGAACUGCUGCUGAAACCACCACCACAACAGCAAUGACGAUGACGAAGAUACUGACAGGAGGAGGCCACUGCCGAAGGUGCAGCCCUCGCUAGACUUCCCCCAUCUGCACCGCGCUGCCCGCUACCACUACCACUGCCACCCCCACCCCAUCCCAACGCUCCAACAUCAUGGCCAACCACCUGGAGUUGAUCCAGGAGCUGCAGCAGCUGGACAAGGUGCCCAGUCUGGAGAGGCUGCGGGCGGCCCAGAAGCGGCGCACUCAGCAGCUCAAGCGGUGGGCCGUGUACGAGAAGGAGAUGCAGAACAAAAAGCGCAAGGCGGACAGGAAGGGACGCAACGCCAACGGCUAUCAGCAUGCCGAGGCCAAGAGGCGAGUGUCGUUCGCAGCCAGCGUGGCGCUCUUGGAAGCAUCGGCCAGGAAUGACCCGGAUGAAGUGCGCUACUUGCUGAAAAACAAUGUGAGCCCAGACCUCUGCAAUGAAGACGGCCUCACCGCACUUCAUCAGUGCUGCAUAGACAACUACGAGGAGAUGGUGAAGAUCCUACUGGAUCGUGGAGCUUGCGUCAACGCUCAGGACAACGAGCUGUGGACGCCGUUGCACGCUGCCGCUACCUGCGGCCACGCGGUCCUCGUCAAGACACUCAUUGCACAUGGUGCUGAUCUGCUGGCGGUCAACUCCGAUGGGAACAUGCCGUACGACCUUUGUGAAGACGACCCGACACUGGACAUCAUUGAGACGGCCAUGGCCAACAGGGGCAUCACCCAGGAGAUGAUCAACGAGACCCGGGCGUCCACAGAGAGGAGGAUGCUGGGAGAUAUCCAGGAACUGGUGAGGCUGGGUGACGAAGUCAACCAGCAGGACUCGCAGGGAGCCACACUGCUGCACAUCGUGGCAGCGAACGGCUACAUGCAGGCGGCCGAGCUGCUGCUGGAGGGCGGCGCUCGCAUGGACCUGAGAGACUCGGACGGAUGGCAGCCGCUCCACGCCGCCGCCUGCUGGGGGCAGAUGCAUGUGGCUGAGCUGCUGGUGUCUCACGGAGCCAGUCUCAAUGCCAAGACCUUCCUCGAGGAGACCCCCAUUGACCUGUGUGAGGAUGAGGAGUUCAGAACGAUUCUGCUGGACCUGAAGCACAAGCAUGACAUCAUCAUGAAAUCCCAGCUCAAACACAAGACUUCGUUGUGCCGACGGACGUCCAGUGCAGGCAGUCGUGGGAAGGUGGUGAGGCGAGCCAGUUUGUCCGACAGACACAACCUGUGCCGCAAGGAGUACGAGACGGAGGCCAUCGUGUGGAGGGGAGGCAGGGAGGAGGAGGAGGAGAAGGAGGACAAAGAGAAGGAGCCUGACCAGGAAAACAUCCAGGUGCUUCAUGUAAAGCCCGAAGAGGCAGUCGAUCCACCUGACCAGACCAAGCUGCCCACCAUCCUCAAAGAUGGCAGCAGCAAGCACAAUGGCCUCAUCUCUACAUCUACAUGCGUACCCCCGCAGCCGCCCGCCAACGGCAAGGCGACAGGGAACAAGAGCACGCUAGCCGCUAGCCCGGCCAGCCAUGAUGAAACUUUUCCUCGCGAGAGAGCUCAGACUCUGUCAGAGCUAAAAAAGCACCGGGCGGCGGCAAAGCUGUUGAACCACCCCCUGUUCAACGGUCACCUGGGCAACGGUUCCACAGACUCCUUCAGCGACGCCAAAUCCCUUUCGGACGACCCCCGCAUGCCACUGGUUUCGUCCAACGGCAGCGCUGUGUUCUACACGCCGGCGAGCGGCGAGCCGCCACUCCUCAGACUCAGGCAGCCCGUUGACGAAGAGCAGCCCAAGUCGCGGACCUGCUGCUGCAUGUCGUAGCGCCAUUGUCGUGCGAGGCCGAGGAACUGCAAACGUUUGCACAGAAGAGCUGGAGGCAGGUCAAAUAACUUUCACUCAAAAAAGUGGACUUUCUACAUGAAGGGAGGUUGCAAGUGUAGCAGGCUUUGGAUUAAAUUUGGAUACAUGGAAGAACCACAACGAUGGAUGGCUGAAGACAAUUCUAGGUAUAAGAGGAACCUCCAAAGUCGAUCUGUUCCAUGAUACUGGUUGACAUCCAUGAUGUUUCAAAACAUUAUUAUUUUUUUUUUUAAACGGCAGACUUCCUAUGUCCUUUGGGGCAUUGCCUCUUUAGUUUUUUUUUGGGGGGGGGGUCUACUAAUGACAGACAUGCCUACCACAUUUUAUGUUGCCAAGUGAAGGGUUCGGAGCUACCGGGCAAAAAUCCACCGCUAUGCUCCGCCCACAUGCAAUGAUGAAAACUUGCCUUUAGUGUUGCGCAUCUGUCCAGCACAUCUGGUUCAAAUUUGGUAGCAAGCAGAUUAAAUCUCGCAAACAAGUUUGUGUUUAAAGAACCCCUAGAAAAACCAAAACAAAACCAACAUAAAUGGAACCUCCAAAGUUGAACAAAAUCUAUCUGUUCCGUGAUGGUGGUUGACUUCCAAGUUGUUCCAUUUACAAAACAAUUUUCCCCAUAGGACGUGUUAGAUGAAUGAAUUGAUUCCAGGUCAUCUUAGAAGUGGUCACUGGUGUCCUGCUGUCCUUUCGAUAUCGUAUUUUCACGCACCGUAUUAAAAGGCGCAGUCUCAGUUACGGGGUCUAUUUCUGUAUUUAACACAUACAUAAGGCGCACCGUAUUAUUGGGCGCAGGCAUGGUAAAACAUACGCUAGCUUAAAACAUACGGUAGCAUGCACGCCCGCUAAAACAAUGUUUUUGGCUAUCGUUCCGAUGCACACGCCGGAACGCUAUACCUACUGGGGGCGUGUCUUUAGCCUCCUCUGUCACGCGCACCCUUCCCCCUUUUACGUCCGUAUGCUGUCCUCAGUCACGUCCGCCUUCCUCUAUAUAAGCAGCGUGUCGGCAGGAAAUGCUCCCAGUCAGUCAAGCGGAGCGCUGAUUAAAGUCACACAACAACGUUUACAGAUUUUGGAACUCGGUGCACGUCCAUUUUGGAGAAAAUUUAAGACUUUUAAGUGCGCCUUAUGGUCGUGAAAAUACGGUACUUACUGAGAGCUAAAGCCUCAGAUUUGCUGAUGAUUUGAAUGGACUUUUAAGGUACAGUUGUACCUUGACAUGAGUAACAUGUUUUGUCAUUCCGUGACUCAGCUCGUAACUCAAUUUACUUGUAUCUCAACUUGUGAGUGAGAUGCAACACGAAACAAGACAAAUGAAUAAACAAAAUGAUUUUAAAAAUUCCACCGAGCGACGGCUCAUAACUCAAGAAAGAGUUGGUGCACUCGUAAGCCAAGGUAAGAAAAUUAUGUUUGAAUUCCAAAUUGUACCACCAUUUCUUGUGUUCGACUUUGGAGGUUGCGCUGUUCACGAGUGAACUUUUGAGAUAUUUCGUCUUUUCUUUUUUUUUUUAACAUGAAGAAAAGUCAUCGUGUAGGACAGCAGUCAUAAAUUUCAACAUAUAAGAAGAAGCAAACAUAGUGCUUUGAACGCCGUGAAUUAGUAAAGGGAAGGAAUGCCAUAAAAGUGUUAUCAUGUACAAGUCACUGUCCCCUUUGUAUACUGUAUGUCUGCACCCAACUGAUAUUUCUAUUGAUCCGCUUUGAGAUGAAAACUGUCAACCGUACGUUUCUUUAUUUAUUACAUGAUUUAUGUGUUCCUACAUUGGAGUGUAUUUAUUGUUGCGGAUGGUGUGUUGAGAGUGAAUGCGAUACAGAAAAGAGCCAGCAAAGCACCUUUUUCCUCAUAUGCUAGCGGAAGGUUUAAUUGUAGCAUGAUCCCUAGAAAUAACACAAAAUGGCCAUAACAAAGCCAGAAUGGAGGAUCCAACAUUUAUCUGAAUUUUUUUACACAGAACCACAGCAUCAGAUACAGCAAAUAGGGCGGGAUUUGAACUGCAUAGCUGGUUCAAGUGACAAUUCCAAUUUAUUUUCUAUCAAUCGGCACAAUUGCAGUACAGAAUAAGUAAAAACAAUUGAAAAAAACAAACAAACAAACAAACAUGAAAUCGCAUAUGUUCAGAUCAGAAUCAGGCCUCCAGUACGGUACACAGUGGGUAUCAACCAAUGUAAGUGAAAAUUGUGUGCAGCAUAAACGUACAGAUUGGAUAUACCCUGUCAAUGCGAGCUCAUCAAAAUAAAUCGAUUGGCGAUGUAUACUUUUAAUAUUUUGUAUUAUUUAUGUGUUAUUGUUUACUUCCAUGUUGACACUUAGUCAAGUUAUGACGUAGGAGUUAUUUCCAUGCAAUUUGUGCAUCUGUGCAUGAGGGUUGGUUCAUGUGUUCUGUCAGUGUAAACACAGCCAUAUCGGAAAUGUGUCACUUAAAAUGCCAAAAAAAAAAGAGCGGAUACUAUAUAGGCAUUAAACUGGAAUUGGAUGCUUGGAUCUGCAGUGUAUCUGAUGUAUUGACGCGACGAGUGUCGGGUGUUUAACUUCACAGCCCUUGUCCUGGCAUUGCGGAAUUCCAUUCUCUGACUGUCCCUCCUAAUCAACUGACUUUUUAUUUAAUUUAGGAAUGGUCAUCCAAGUAAAUUUCCUUGAUUGACAGGUAACAUGAACGACCACUUUACCGUUACCAUACAGUGUUUGUUAUUCAAUGAAAUACCAUAUAUGUUGCCUCAUCUCCAUGUGAGUGCCAAAGAGUCUUCCAUUAAAAAAUACAGUAUAAUUUAGAUGUAACUGGUUCCUUUCAACCCACAUUCCCCCUGCCCUCCCUUGCACAGUGUCAAUGAUGUGCACAGAUGGAUUUUUUAAAUACUAACGUCGUCUGUACCCAUGAACUGCAUUUGUCUGUAUUGUUAUUGGUGUCCUAAUGAAAAAUAACAUAGGAGAAUACACUUAACGAUCCUCUUUGGUAAUCCCGCUUUAUAUGUGUCAUAUGCCUGUGAAGUACACGCAGGUGUCAAUGUUAAAUGUGUUCCUCCACUGUGUCAUUUGUUUGGGUCCUGAAAUGUCAGGAAUGAAGUUGUUUUUUUUUUUUUUUUUUAAUAAAUGUCAACCUAAUGUCUAGCUGCUGCGGUGGAAUAAAUUGACACGUCCAAUUCCUUCACAACAUAUACAGUAGUUACAUGUGUGAUUAUCAACAACAAGUGUCCACAAAGAGACAAAAGGAUACAAAUAUAAAGAAAGAACUACUGAUGAUUUUGUAAUUAUUAGACUGACUAUACUGAUGGCUGUAUUCACAUAUUUUGAAUAAAUUGUAUAUUUUGAGAAUUGCA